UUUCAAAGCAGUUUGCGCCGAGUUACCGACAAAUUAAUAAUUCUGUAGGCGUUGCGUAUAUGUUUCAUGUUUACUUUUAGUUUUAUGUAUCUUUUUCGAUGCUAUACGCGUAUAUGUUGUUGAAAUUGUUGCUUUAGUAUAUACAUAGUUAUAAUUUAGUAUUUUUGUUAUAGAUACUCCACAGUCAGAUAGUAAUCAGACAAAAUGUUAAAGUUCGUUUUAUUACUAAGUUUUGUUGCGGUUGCCUUGGCCGAACCAUCCAUUUAUUUCAAAGAUUACUUCGCAAAAAAUGAUUGGGAAAAAAGGUGGUUAACUUCAGAGUCAAAAGACGAUUUUGGAAAGUUCAAAUUAACGGCUGGAAAGUUUUAUAAUGAUGAAGAACAAGAUGCUGGACUUCAAACCACUCAAGAUGCCAGGUUUUAUGCCGUUUCAUCAUCAUUCGAUUCCUUUUCAAAUAAAGGGAAGACCCUUGUAGUGCAAUUUUCAGUUAAACAUGAACAAAACAUUGACUGUGGAGGUGGUUAUGUCAAACUAUUCCCAGGAACAUUGAACCAAAAGAAAAUGACAGGAGAUUCCGAAUAUAACAUUAUGUUUGGCCCAGACAUCUGUGGUCCAGGUACCAAAAAAGUUCAUGUUAUUUUCCAAUACAAAGGAAAGAACUUGCUCAUUAAGAAAGACAUCCGUUGCAAGGAUGAUGAAGCAACCCACGUAUACACACUCAUUGUGAAGCCCGACAAUACAUACGAGGUGCUGAUUGACAACACUGUAGCUCAAACUGGCGGCCUAGAAGCCGAUUGGGACUUCCUUCCUGCUAAAGAAAUCAAGGAUCCAGAAGCUUCCAAGCCAGAAGAUUGGGAUGAUAGAGAAAAGAUUCCUGACCCAACUGACACCAAACCAGAAGAUUGGGAGAAGCCAGAGCACAUUGCUGACCCAGAUGCCAAGAAACCAGAAGAUUGGGAUGAUGAGAUGGAUGGUGAAUGGGAGGCACCAAUGGUUGAUAAUCCAGAGUACAAGGGUGAAUGGGAACCCAAGCAGAUUGACAACCCAGAUUACAGUGGAAAAUGGGUUCACCCAAUGAUCCCUAACCCUGAAUAUGUGGCUGAUGAUGAACUUUAUGCUUAUGAUGACUUCGGUGUUAUUGGUCUGGACUUGUGGCAGGUGAAAUCUGGAACCAUUUUCGACAAUUUCCUGAUGACUGAUGAUGCUGACUUCGCGAAAUCUGAAUGCGAGAACAUUCUCAGCACAACUGUGAAGGGAGAGAAGAAAAUGAAGGAUGCUCAUGAUGAGGAGGAGAGGAAGAAGAGGGAGGAAGAAGAAAAGAAGACUGCCGAAGAAACUGAUGAAGAGGAUGCAGACGCUGAUGCAGAUGAGCUUGAUGAAGAUGAGGAAGAUGCAACUGAUAUGGAUGAAGAUUCAACUGAGGCUGAUGAAACAGAAGAUGCCAUUGAACAAGAAUCAGCUGGAAAAGAUGAAUUAUAAAAUGUUCCAAAAUUUUCAUCACUUUGUGCAAGCGAUACUUCUGUUAUGACAAAAUCUUCAAAGACACAAAUAUCCCACCCUGCAGCCUAUUUGAAACUGGCCAUUGACCAUAACUUGCAUGUCAACGCAUUUCUACUUUUGAAAGAGUUAAUUUCUAUUUCUUGUUUCGAUCCUAUGCUCUGAUGCUAACUUAUGCAGUACAAUGUAUCUUGGAGCACUUUUAGGCAACCCAAGAGCCUGGAAAAUUCCACAACCACAUUUGAAGCAUACCUACGUAAAAUCGUGUUUUCAAUGUAAUUUAUUGUGAAUUUACACACCACAAACCGUUUAUUUUGAAACUGGAAAGCUAUAAAAUAUAUUUAAAACUUUUACA